AUGGUCUCGAAUUCCUUGACCUUCGCCCUCGGACCUCGCUUGUUGAACGGACAAGACGAAGAUUCGCCAGACGAAGAGCCCGGGAAAGAAGAAGAUGACACAGAAGAAGCCGAACGAGGCUCAAUCCACGAACACCAAGAAGAGAAUGAGCAAACCUCUCUUCUCCCCAACCGUGCUGUACGUCCCGGCGUCAAGGCCAUCUACCACACUCACAAGCGCUUGAGUAACUACUACAACUCGCUCUCUCCCCGCACACAAGCUACACUCGACUUCCUCUACCAAUUCUGGAACCCACCUCUCAUCGGCGCCGUUAUUGGUGCAAUCGUCGGCUUGGUGCCCGCCUUGCACACCCUCUUCUUCAGCUCCCCCAACGAAGGCGGCUACCUCAACGCCUGGCUAACCUCCUCCAUCAAAAAUAUCGGCGACCUCUUCGCAUCCCUCCAAGUCGUUGUCGUCGGCGUAAAGCUCUCGCAAGCCAUGCUGCGCUACAAGAAAGGAGAGCAGAGUGGAAAUGUGCCUUGGAAACCUUUUACCAUCAUUACUGUCGUUCGCUUUGUCAUCUGGCCAUUGAUCAGUAUUCCCUUGGUCUGGGUCUUGGCCAGCAAGACUAGCGUUCUCUCUGACGACCCGAUUUUGUGGUUUGCCAUGAUGUUGAUGCCUACUGGUCCGCCCGCCAUGAAGUUGACUGCGCUUGCCGAUGUUAGUGGUGCUGGUGAUGAGGAAAAGAUGAGUAUUGCAAAGUUCUUGACUGUAAGUGCAACAUCCUCCUUUGCCCCUACUAGUUCAUUUUGUGCUAUACGAGCUAUGACUGACUUUGUGUAA